CGAAGAAGAAGAGGAAGAAGAAGAAGAAGAAGAAGACGACGACGAAGAAGACAGCGGUGGCGGUGCUGAUGACGUAGGGAGAGAGGGAAAACCAAAAACAAGCCUCGUCGCUAGUUGAAAGUUUAAUUUGAAAUAAAUAGCUGUGAAGUGGACAGCAAGCUUUAAAGAGGGUAAACAACAUGCAGAGGGCAUCCCGUUUGAAGCGUGAACUUCAGAUGCUGAGCACCGAGCCACCUCCCGGAAUAACAUGCUGGCAGACGGAGGAACGGAUAGACGACCUCCGGGCACAGCUAGUAGGUGGAACAGGAACUCCUUAUGAAGGUGGACUCUUCUCUUUGGAGAUCAAGGUCCCAGAAAGGUACCCAUUUGAGCCUCCCAAAAUGCGAUUCUUGACUCCCAUUUACCAUCCAAACAUUGACAAUUCAGGACGUAUCUGCCAUGAUGCUCUCAAACUCCCGCCAAAGGGUGCCUGGAAGCCAUCCCUAAACAUCUCCACAGUCCUCUCCUCUAUUCAGCUGCUCAUGGCUGAGCCCAAUCCAGAUGACCCACUCAUGGCUGAUAUAUCAUCAGAGUUCAAAUACAACAAACAACUAUUCAUGGAGAAGGCCAGGAAGUGGACACAAGAACAUGCUGUUCAGAAAAACACGGGAGUCGUGAAGGGCAAUAAAGAAAACACUCCGGAUCGGAACACAUCAUCACGCAAAAGAGAGGCUCUCAGUGCACAGCAGGAGGUGGAGGAGCCAGCAAAGAAAACUUGUGCGUAGUUUCCACCUCACUUGGUAGAGCCACAGGCCCCGCUUCCUCAGAGCCAUCACGUCUCAUACAUGUCCUACUGCUAAAGAGUGAAUUAAAUUUUUCAUUUAGUGCUAAUACCUACUUCCUUUUCUUGUGUAUGCAUUCCUUUUCUUAAUUCAGAAAUAUCUACAGAUUUAUAAUUAAAUGUUUAUGUUUGUGUUUUGAUAUUAAAGUUUAUUUGAACACUAA